UGUUAAAAAUGUCAAUAGUCAAGUUGAAGUAGUGAGCGCAAUAAAAGCAAAACUUGAAGUCUACUGGUCUUUAAUUCAUCAAUCAUCCAUAAUCACAACCCUUCUCGAUCCAUGUACCAAAUUUUUAGCAUUCUCUCAAGAUGAUCAGCCACAUGCAAGAUUCACUCUACAGAAAAUAUAUGACGAAUACAAUUCAGAUAAUAUACAAAUAGCACUACCCAGACUAACCUUAACUCAUAGCAUAUUUCAAGCUCUCAUUCAAAGUACAUCAUCGAAUAAUUAA